UGAUAUUUCCCCAUUCAAAGAUAUAGGAGCUGCAUGGAUGCCCAGGAUGCCCGAGAGGCGUUUCAAAGAUGGCCGCCGAGUGAAAUUACUUGUCUUAAAGGGACUUAUACGCAUGCGCAUGACGUCACACUUUCCACAGAUUCGCGGUUUUGUAGUUUACACAAAGACGACAACGUUAUCAUAAAAAACAAACAAACAAACAAAAACAAAAAAACCAUGCACUUUGAAAACAGUUUUCAAAUGUUUGAGAUUUCAAAACACCGCUGACGUGAAUGAAUGGUGAAAAGUUUCCCGAUUUUAGUUUCCCGAAAACAGGGUCGUGUAAACGCCCCCUUAGAUUUCAGCAGUGGAGCGGAAAUCAUAGAAUAAAGUCUGUUUUUGUUUGACGUGGAUAAUUAUACAAUCACCAGCACUUUUAUUAUAAGUUGGUUCUCGAUGAAUGGGGACAAAUUAUAAAGAUUGUUCACCCAAAAAUGACAAUUCUGCCAUUAUUCACUGAUCUUCAUGUCAUUUCAAACCUAAGAAUCAUCUUAUGGUGAUGCUCGGAAAUAGAAAGGCAAAAGUUUGAAACAACAUGUUCUGAAUGACAAAAUUUUCACUUUUGAGUAAACUAUCCCUUUAAAAUACUGCACUGUACUGCUAUACAUCUCCUUUGUUUUUGUACCGCUCAUUAAAUGUCUUCUUUCGUUUGUUUUAUGUCAUAUAAUGGGGAGAGAGGUUUGAGGAGAGGGUAGUUGGACUUGUAAAUACUUACUGUUCCACAUUUUUAUCAACAUUCCCAAAGUAUGUAAAAAAUAAAAAUCAAUAAAGGCAUAUCUUAUACAAAUAUGUAAAAUGAAGAUCUAGUUAUUUUAUGAUUUUUUAUAAAAAUGUUCUGUAUGUAUGUAAAACUACAAACGCGUGUCUAUUUUGGCCUAGCUGCUACCCUUUAACAGUGGGCGUGGCUUUGUUUUGUAGUUCUUCCUCUAUAAACAACAUGCCGUCAGGUUCAGAUCCUGAAGACGUGAAUGAGGAUGAUAAGCCCUCCAAAAAUGUCAUUGCGCAAAUAUCACAGUUCGCAGACGAUAACUUAACUAUUGUCCGGAACAUCAGCACAUGUGUUGGUCUCGCGGGUCUUCUCAUCAUAGCGAGGAGCAUCAGACUGAUGACAAAAUUCGGCUCUGCCACUGACAUUCCAGCUCGGUUCAUUGAGAGAAACGUCAGCAUCAGAGGAAGACUGAGAAAUAUCACCGAGAAAGGGCUUGAAGUGGAACACAUUCCAAUUUAUGUGCCUUUGUUCAGUCGUCUUUUUACUAAAUCAGGUCAGUCCGUGACCCUCCUGGAUGUUCGUCUGGCCGGAGUGGAGAUGACCUCAGAAGGGCACGACUGGAUCGUUCAACAGCUGAAACCUGCUGAGACGGUGUGGCUCCGACUGAUCGCUCGACAGAACGAGACCCUCCACUGCCUAGUGUCAGUUCACAGGGGCUCACUCUUCAACAUGUGUGUGAAUGAGGAACUUUUGAGGCAUGGUUUGGCAAGGACUUCUCCUCUUGUGGGUCUGGAUCCUCACUCUCGCAUCUACUGGAGUCUCUAUAAGCGCUUAUUGAGAGCCGAGGGCAGAGCAGAGAAGAAAGGGAAAGGCCUGUGGAAGGAGGAGAGUCGCUGGGAGAGAGUUACUGAUGUGUUGAGGAACAAUAUGCUGGUCAGCUCAGUUAAGAAACUCUUCAAAUGGACAUCUGGGACUAAAGAGAAGUGAAAUAUUUCAACAAGGUUGGUUAUAGACUGUGAAAAGGAAGCAGCACAAUUAAACUUUCAUGUGAGAAA